AUGGCCAACAUUCACCCGUACGGUCGCUUCACCCACGCAGUCGUCCGGGGCAUCCCAGAAUCCUUUGGGAAACCCUCGGACAACGCUCAGAACGGGGAGAGGAACGGCGGUGGCGGUGGCGGCGGCGUGGAGGUGGACCUGGCCAAAGCUCAGCGUCAGUUCGGCUGUCUGACCGGAGCCUUGAGGCAGAAGGUGGGACUGCAGCUGAUCGAAAUCCCCCCGGACCCCGAGCUUCCCGAGAGCUGGAGGAUUGAGGACGUGGCGGUGAUCCAGGGGGACACGGCGCUCGUCACCAGACCCUACCACCAGCAGCGACGCAGUGAGGCGGAGGCUCUGCGGGGCGUGCUGUCGGAGCUGCGCCUCUCUGUGGUGGAGAUGGGGGAGGAGCAGGGGGGCUCUGGGGGGGCCACCCUGGAGGGCAGUGACGUCCUGUUCACGGGGAGAGAGUUCUUUGUGGGAGUGUCGUCUCACACCAACCGCCGAGGGGCCCAGGUGCUCGCCGACACCUUCAGGAGCAAUGACAUCAUCUCUUCAGAGUCCACCAGAACAGAUGCAUUGUGGGACAUCCUGGACUCGCACAUAAAUAUGGAUUUGUGUUGUGUCCCCGAGCGGCAGUUUGUGCACCAGUCUCAGACCAAAACACUUCUGCAGCUGAGGGACACAUAA